GAUUGGAUUAGUGGGCGCUCGCGGUCCAACGCAGAAACUCGUCGAGCACUUGGCCAAGUACUCGCACUCGUAUUCGGGACUCAUAUUCACAUUCAUCGCAUUCAUAAUCGCAUCGCGCAUCCGAGCACAACAACCGCACACAGAAUAAUGGAGGACGAUGAGAAAAUGGACAUUAUGCGCAAGGCAUUCCAAAUGUUUGACACCCAAAAGACGGGAUUCAUUGAGACGCUGCGAUUGAAGACCAUCUUGAAUAGCAUGGGCCAGAUGUUCGAGGAGAGUGAAUUGCAGGCUCUGAUCGAUGACAAUGAUCCCGAGGAUACGGGCAAGGUGAAUUUCGAUGGCUUUUGCAGUAUUGCUGCCCAUUUCCUGGAGGAGGAGGAUGCCGAGGCCAUACAAAAGGAGCUGAAGGAGGCGUUUCGUUUAUAUGAUCGCGAGGGCAACGGUUACAUAACCACAUCCACCCUGAAAGAGAUUCUCGCCGCCCUCGAUGACAAGCUGUCGUCCAGUGAUCUCGAUGGCAUCAUUGCUGAAAUUGAUACCGACGGCUCCGGCACUGUUGACUUUGAUGAAUUCAUGGAAAUGAUGACGGGCGAUUAGACGCAAGAACCAGACGAAGAGAGAG